AUUCGCACUUUCAACCUGUAAAAUUAUACUUGGUACUGUAUAAUUUUGCAGGUUUAUUGAUUAAUGAUGUUGAAUUUAUUGGAUCUUAUAAAUUUUCUAACUUAAAAGAAACACAAACUUAUAGAAUUACAUAUAAAUCCAACAAGUUUCCAUUGCACAGAAAAUUAGUUGUCCAUAUACACAAUGAAAUAAUUGGAAGUAUCAUUGAAAAUAAUUUAAAUGUGAUAGUAUCUAGAUAAUAAAUAAAAAUGUGAUAAAAUCCUUAUAAAAUUAUGCAUCCUGUCAGAGCUUGGCGUUUACUUACUACUGUUUAUAGAUCUGCAAAAAAGCCAGUUUAUUUGAAACAGAAUGAUUUUUACUGUAAAAAUCAAAAAAUUUUCAGCAGUUACUGUUGUAAACUUUUUCAUACUAGCUAUAGUCAUAUGAAUGAAAGUGAAGAAAAUGUAGCUAAAGCUUUAAGAUCAACAAAAUCAAGAUCAAAGGGAAGCACAAAUCAAUAUUUUGUUGACAUGAAACAAGUGAGAAUUCAAGCUGGAAAUGGCGGUAAUGGAUGCAUUUCAUUCCUCAGAUUAUUCAUCAAUGAUCGUGCAGGUCCAGAUGGUGGAGAUGGCGGUCAUGGUGGACAUGUUAUUUUUGAGGUUACAUCUAAUGUUAGAGAUUUAUCACAUGUACAAAGUAUUAUUGAAGCUGAACAUGGAGAAAAAGGUUAUAACAAAGAUUGUUUUGGCAAAAAUGCAGAGCAUACAUUUGUUAAAGUCCCUGUAGGGACUAUUGUUAGGGAUAUAAACGGUACUAUUUUAGCGGAUUUAGAUGAAGAAGGAAUGAUGUAUAUAGCAGCUAGAGGUGGUGCAGGAGGACAUGGAAAUGCAUUUUUUAAAUCGGAUAUUAAUCAAUCACCAAAAGUUGCAGAAAGCGGUGGUAUUGGAGAAAGUAAGCAAUAUGUCUUAGAAAUAAGAAGUAUGGCUCACGUGGGUUUGAUUGGACUUCCUAACGCUGGCAAAAGUACAUUAUUAAGAGCUGUUUCAAGAGCUAGACCAAAAGUGGCUGAAUAUCCAUUUACUACUCUUAAACCUCAUAUUGGUAUGAUUCAAUAUGAUGAUUAUGAACAAAUUGCUGUUGCUGAUUUACCUGGUCUAAUACCAGAUUCUCAUCUAAACAAGGGAUUAGGUAUUACUUUUCUAAAGCAUGCUGAACGUUGUGCAGCUUUACUGUUCAUUAUAGAUGUUAGUCAAAAAGAGCCAUGGACACAUAUAGAAAUACUUCUUUAUGAAAUCAGCCAAUUUAAUGAAAAUUUGUUAAGUCGACCAAAGAUUAUUAUAGCAAAUAAAAUUGAUGAACCUGGUGCAGCAGAAAAUUUGAAAUUAUUGCAAGAAAAGAUAGACGAUCCUAUAAUUCCGAUAUCUGCUAAAUUUGGAACAAAUGUUUCUAAGUUAUUAAAAGAAAUACGAAUACUGUAUGAUAAACAUCUAAAAGAAACUGGACAACAAAAAAAUCUAGAUGAUGAACUUUUGUAAGGUUGAAUGAAUCAAGUUACUUCGUUGAUUAAAAAUUGCAUUUGAAAAAC